GGGCUUGGCUGGCUUCACUUGGCCUGGGUGUGGACAGGUGAGGCUCUCCUGAUCGUCAGAAAAACACAUCAGACACAUCAAGCCGUGUCAGUGACUGGAAGACUCGACCUACAAGAUGUCGUUUUUCGGGAACGAUGAAGAGAAAAUAAAGAAAGAAGAAGCAUCACAACAGGAAUGGAGUUUCCCCUGGAGAAAGAAGGAUGACGAAAAGAAGGGCAAAUCCGAUAAGGACAACAGCGACAAGUGCAAGGGCAAAGAGGGUGAAAAGAAGAAGAAGAAGAAGACGACGGGAGAGAAGAAAGAUGGAGCUGGCACCUCCUCCUCCUCAUCAUCUUCAUCGUCCUCCAGCAGCAGCGAUGAGAGCUGACGCGUCUUGGAGUUCCUCACUUCUCUAAUAUUGUCUCCUACAGUUGGGUGAAAUGACAAAAGGAUGUUUGUGUGUGGUUGAGUAUUUGAAACAUUUUCUUCCUGUUUGUUCAUUGUUGUCACGGGAAUGUACCGGUCUUGUGGAAAAUUUUGCACUUAAUUGAAAUAAAGGCUUUUGAAAACAA